AAGUUGACGGAAAAAGCGAUUAGGGACGUUCGAGCGUGGGCAUAUUUUCCUGAAGUGAUAUUGUCCGCGUGGCACCCCCCACCUAUACCGCACCCUCACGCCCUCAUCGGAGGAUCUGGGACGUAUUACAUAUUCCUUCACAGCCCGCCUUGUGUAGGCAGCCAUAUUCUUUUGUUUCUCUUCCCGUUGUUUCGUAGUUUUGCCGCUCCAAGGCAACCUCAUUUUGUCCAUUCUAAUUCUUCAUACAAUUUCUAGGUGCCUGGCCCGCGACGAUGCGUGGCUACCUAAAGGCUCAGUUGCUGCUAGCGCCGCUGCUGGCGGCGGCUCUUCCAACGAGACAUGAAACCAACGCCCCACAUGCCUUAAUCAAUCUUGAUGUCAACAACUCUGAAGAUGAUGCCACUCUUCAAGGACCUACUCUUCGUCUCAACAUCCAUGAGUCGACAUCUCCGUGCGGCUAUGGAAAUGUGACCCUUAAUGAUCAGACACUUGCGCAAGAUGAGAACGGUGCCGGUUCCGGAUCGAUCACGACUGAGCAAGGCAAUGCAGUUCUUGCCAAGUGGGGUUUCACUUGCGUGCACCUCGAAGAUGAAUUUCAAGGGCAGUUGAUGACCUUUGAAGUAAUCUCUGUGGAUGAUAGGAAAGUUGACGAUGUUGGGUUUGUCGUCCAAUUUCAACAGAUGGUCCCAGUUUCGGUCUCCUUAAUCAACGGCACUGGAUCUACUGUCAACGUCCCCGUUCCUAGCGAGAACAUUAACGACAAUGACUCUUCAAAUAAAGAGAGCUCAGCGACCCUGGAUGGUGAAUUGGCUGAAUUGAAGUCGAUGAUGCGACAACUGGCGGCGCUGGAAUAUGCCAUUUCUUCCAAGAUUCAUCACAUUUCCGACACGUACGACUUUAAAGUAAAGCGGCCUGGUCACUUCCAUUCACUUUCAGAUUGCGAUAGUCUGAAAUGUGUCGUGAAAACGAUGUACGUCCGGGCUAAGCACGUGGCUAGUAAACUGUACGGCCACGGGUUUGAAGGCGAAGGACCGUUUGGCGGUAAACCGCAUAGACAUCAUUGGCCAUUCCAUCACCAAGAGGGACAUCAUGGUCAUCGCCCUCAUUGGAUGAUGUCACACCAUCAUGAGAAUGGAAACCACUCUCACCCAUUUCCACCGCACCACCCACCUCAUGGACCACCUCAUGGACCGCCUCCUCAUGGACCGCCUCCUCAUGGACCUCAUGGCGAACCACCUUUUCACCACCCCCCUCCGCCUCCACCUCCAUCUCCAUUCUGGGGAGAGCAUCCUCCUCACGGUGGCCCGCCAGGUCCGCCAGGUCACCACGAGUUCGAAGACAAGCCGCAUCAUGAACAUCACGGACCAGAUGCGGGCUUCCAUAAGGAAAUGGUAAGCUGGGAUUAGCUAAUAUACUUGACGCUUGUGUCGCUAAUUUCUUUAGGGCCCACAUGGGGACUUCGACGAUGAGAGACCGGAACAGCCACUUUUUGAAGACGGAGAAUUCCAUCCUCCGCCUCCGCCUC